GAUCACUUUCGGUUUGCUUCGUUACUGGAUGAUUCAUCAAAAUUUAAACUCUAUCAUUAUUGUAUAUUUAUCGACUUUUGAAAUUAAUAACAUACAAAAGUACUUUGAAAGCCAUUGUCAAAAAGAAAAAGAAACUGAACUUUGCAACAUUUUUGGUAACACUAACAACUAUAAUGUAAGUCACUUCAGUUCCGAUUGAAAAACAAGUCCAAGUUUAGCGAAAAAGUACAAUGAAAACAAAUUUUUCAACCCUUAUUACUGACUGGGUAACAAAACGAAACUUUAUAUUAUUUUUGGUUACCCACGGGCUAAUCGAGCUGCGAUUGAUCCCUUGUAGGGCUAAAUUAAAUACCAUGACUGGUCGCUUAAGAGUAACCAAUUUCAUGUUAUCUACUCCUUAAUCGGUAUUUAUAUGUUAGGCUUCUUGAUAACAGUCAGUGACGAGCUUAACAAUGUUUGUUUGUAUUUGUAUAAUAGAAUCAGUGCAGCUCGAAAUUCGAUUAUCCUUUCCUUUUUUUCCCCAGAAUUAUUCCCAUGUACACUUAAAAGGAUGGAUGACACCUCAAGCAGUCGUGUAUCGGUGCAAUGUUCAACUAUUAUGACAUUUGAUUGAUCUCCAAGAUGUUGAACGUAGUUAGUUAUAGGAUGCAUAGCUGGUGAUUCUAUCGGAACAGCAGCAAACAUAGACCCCCAUGAAGCCGUAUUCCUUAACUAAGUAUCCAUACUGAAUAGCUUAUUCGACGGAAUUUGACUUGACACGCUAAUAAAGAAGUUAUAUUCGAAUACAUGUUCAGAAUUUCGCUUGGUGUUUGAAGCGUUGGGCACUAGGUUUGAGUCCGUGUGGGAACCAAAUCACUCACUCCGAUGCAGAUACACUCAACUGACGAGUCACGAAUAGGAGUAAACGCACGUGCUUCGUUCCUUUACUAGUCACUAAGAUGAAUACAACGUCUGCAUUUAUUCUUUUCAGUGCUGCUCACUUGAAAAUUCUUGUUAAAACAAACUUUCUAACCCUGAUAACAGGAAAAAUCACUGAAUAGGGACCGGCGUCCAUUUUUCGCACCUUCAACAGGGGACAGAAUCAUACCAAUCAAGUCUAAGACCUACCAGUUCAGGCCCAAGAACUGAACAUUAUGAUUUAACAAGUAUGAUGUUGAAUGUUUAACAUUCUACAUUAUCCCAAGUUUCAAGCUUUUCAGUACUUCCUAGCGAGAUGGAUAAGUGAAAACAAGGAAACUCAUGCCCCACUAGAGACCUGAUUCUGUAUCACACACUCACUGAGAAAACUAAGCAAGUCAAAGCUGACAGCUAGUUAUUCGUUUAUCGUCUUUAGCGUUAUUGUUUUAAUUGUGGAGUCAGCAAUCACCAGAAUCUUUUAAAAGGUCAGCUUACGAUUACUAAUUUUGAAACUUAAGAGAGUGAAUAACUUUUACGCUGAACUCACUCAGUCAAAAAAUUUUGUCCAGGACUUUUACGUGUGAAAAUGCCUACAAGAAAUGAUGUGCCGACAACUCGAACCAGACAACUUCCAACGGAUGUAACUCAAAUUUUGUGGACACUCCCGACUGCUGAAAACGUAUAUGCUUACUCAUUCCCAUAGAAAUAUACUUUUUCAACUUAUCUAUUUGAAAGCUUUAUUCUCUCUGAAGGAACUUCCACACAAGCUGGUUCUCCUUUAGGACAACUCAUAAAAGCAACGGUUUAGCGUACAUCAGCAGUUACUAUAUUUGAACAAGUCAGUAGUGCGACCCACGUUAUGUGAUAGAAAUAUUCAAAUCAAACUUAAUCAGACUACUCUCCUUGAUACAGGGUGAAAACCUGGGUCUAGACAGAAUUUGAGCGAGCACAGUGCUCCACCAACUGAACUCCCAGAUGCCUCUUCUAACCAGGUCUCACAUUUCAUAGUUCAGAAAUAUGUGGUGUAUAGAGUGGAUUAAUUGUGUGUGCCUCUGAGAAAUAUUGAGGCAGGUACAUCCAGUUGACGACUCCCAAAUAAAAGGAAACGUGCGUCUUAGAUUCUACUACUGGCCACUAUCUGUUAUCAAUACCGAAAUUGCGCCUAAAGAUCUGCAUCUUCAGAGCAACUCCUAUGUUACAGUUUGCGAGCAAGAUGAGUGAAACACCUAGCAACCAGCUACGUUUAUUUCGUAUACAAAAUAAACGCAGACUGAAGAUCAUACUCACUGGAAGUGGUUAUUUAGAUAAGGUGUAUUCAGCUGUCAGAAAGCAAUUAACAUUGGAUCAGAAUUCUCUACGCUGGAUAUGAUUGAAAACUUUGAAUUUAAAUUCUUUACCAGCUUAUUUGAACAAAGGAUUAUUUUGGCGCGAAGAAUAAAAUGGCUCACAGUUGAGACAAUUAAUUCAUCAGCAGGAAAAGUAGAAAAACGGGAUAGUUUCUAAACUAAAUUACGUUUUCUUUUGGACAAUCAAUAAACAUGGAUAACAGUAAGAUACAUCCACUGUAUCGUUGGGCAGAUCAAAAUAUCUGAGGGAAUAUGAAGUUUUAUUACAGGCUCAUCAAGCGUAACUGUUUUGUGCAGUAUAUUGCAGAAUAAAUACAAACAUAUCAAGUGGUUACUUAAACUUGAAGAAGAAAACUUUUUAGUGCGCAAUAGUCUAUCGGCUUUUAAAAAGUGAAACCUAUGGGCAUACACGUUGAAAAUCAAUAAUCACAGUUAAGGAAAAGGAAGCAAAUCUGGUGAGACUUAAAAUGUAGAUGAAUACAAAGUAAAAAUUCAGUAGGAAUAAGAAUAACAAACUGAAAAAUUAAGUAAAAAUAAGAUGACAAACGUGCUUUGAAGUUUCUUUAGCGGUUAGAUUUGUUUUACGGGGUAGGGUUGCUAGCCCUAUGCCCAACCUUCCCUUUCCAAUAAACUACAGACAUUCAUCAACAACUGCUUACGCUCGCUACUGGAGAUCAGAUGGCCAGAAAGAAUAAGCAACAAGGAACUCUGGGAACGAACCAACCAAGAACCUAUCACGCAACAAAUAUGCAGGAGGAAGUGGAGAUGGAUUGGCCAUGCACUGAGAAGGCCGACUGAGGACAUCACGCGUCAGGCCAGUUGCUCGAGUGGAAUCCCCAUGGGAAGCGACGAGUUGGACGUCCAAGGGUGACAUGGAGGAGGUCGUGCGAGGAGGAAAUGAGAGCUUGUGGGCUGUCGUGGGACCAGGUUCAAAAGAUCUCAGAGAACAGAGGUCACUGCAGGCGUGCUACUGAAGCCCUAUGUUCCACUAGGAACCCAAGGGACUAAUAAUAAUAAUAAUAAUAAUAAUAAAGAUGACAAACGUGCACAAACAUAAAAGCAUACAAGAAAACCGUAAAUGACUGGUAUUCGUUUAGUUGUAUUGGUAGGAGGAUUGUAAAGCUGAAGUUAACGACGCCCCAUGAAAGAAAAGAAGAAUGUACCAGCUUUUUUGGAACACAGUUCUGGUUUCAUUAUCCUAAUGAUGACGGCCCAACUCAACAGUUGUAAGAAGUGAUUGAGUGUGAACAAGAGUUAGUCACUGGUUGAUCAGCACAAUGUUUGCCAGGGUACAAAUCCUCGGCACUGAUCGAAGUCGAUCGUUCGAUUCUCCAAUAUGAUCACUAGGUCAAUUAAUACGAAAAUGUCGUGCACUGUGGAGUCAAUCAGUAUGACCACUUGCUGCAGCUAGUUUUCGUGCCUGUUUGCGUUAAUCAGUAAUAGGUGUCAAUAAUCUUAAAAAAACUAGUGUUUUACUGAGGAUUUUCACAACUUUGCAUUGAAGUUAUAAUCUUUAUCACCAGGUUUCUUAGGUCUUGACUGAUCCUCCAGCAGAACGGAAGUGUGCAUGCUAAUCGGCCAUCAAGUGUUAGCCAAUGUAGCUAGCCACCAAGAUGGUUAGAAAUCUUAUGAAUUACUGAGAAGGCAGAUUUAUUACCAACAUCAUUAUCAGUAGCACUGCAUAGACCUGAGAUAAUCAAAUCUUUUCACUUACCUUAAACUGCGGUGUAAAGCGACUCUUUCUAAGAUUUCAGUUUAAGGGAGUUAAUCCGAUCGUGAACUUCACAAAAAAGACAUCAUCAAUCACUUCCAGCAAUCGCACUGAGGAGAAACCUCGCUAGUAGACGUAUCUUACCACUACGAUCGAACGAAAGGAUUCCUCAUGUGUUCACAUAUUAAAUUAAACUACUGCUAUGGAGUUAGUCACCUUGGAUGGUAAAAAACAUCUUUCAGUGUUGCUGACAGAGGUUGAUCAACUGGGUUUAGAUUUCCUGUCAAUAUCUUCAUUUUCGUUUUAACGCCACUCCCCCCCCCCCAACUAUUCACCCCUACAUUGGUCUGAACUCAGUGACCGGAAUCCACUAUAAGACUUCUCAACCUCUCUGUACGUUUAUAUAGCAUUUAUCUAGCGUUUAUAUAGCAUUUACCAGCACUACUCAAUUUUAUAGACUUCAACCUUUGCUUUCUCUAUCUCGGACAUUCCAGAAUAUCUUCAAAUUUCCGACCUUGUUUGAGUUACGUCUCGCUCUUAAUUGAUCCUCUUGUUGAUUUCAUCGUUUCAUUGAUAUUACAUACUCUGACCUCCAUUUUCGUUAAAUAGAUUUAAAAUGCUACUUUCAUUCGUAUCACCAUCAUCAUCCCACAGGAAUAAAUUGUGGGAUUCUAAUCAGUAUAUGCACAUCCAAAUAUAAAACCAU